AUGGCAGCAUAAACAAAGAAAAUAGAGGAGCCCCUUUUAAAUGAGAAAGGGCAAGAAUUCGGUGUAGACAUAACUGAAUUAGGUUUCUUGUUCCAUCCAGAUAACAUUCACCAUCCUUCUCCAGAUAAUUUUAAGAGAUCUAUUAGCAUCUCAGAAUUAUGGAAACAUGGUGGUGCCAAAGGUCUCGCUCACAAACUCAAAUCUGAUUCCAAGAAUGGUAUUAUUGGUGGAGCACAGGACAUCAAGAACAGAAUUAAUGCUUUUGGAGCUAAUUCCAAGAGACCUCCUAAGAUUAGAACUCUAUGGGAACUCAUCCUAGAAAACUUUGAGGACAGAAUACUUUAGAUUUUGCUGAUUGCUGCUCUCGUAGCAUUGAUUAUUGGAAUUUGGAAGGAAGGUAUUGAGCAUGGAUGGAUUGAAGGACUAUCCAUCUUCAUUGCAGUUGCUAUUAUAGUCUCAGUUACAGCUGGUAACAACUAUAUCAAAGAGAAAUAAUUCCAAAAGCUCGUAUCUAAAGCAGCUGAGGGAACUGUUGCUGUAUACAGAGGCGAAGAUGGUUCAACUCAUACCAUCUCUACCACUGAAUUAGUUGUUGGAGAUCUUAUUAAAAUUGAAUCUGGUAUGAAAAUACCAGCUGACUGUAUCUUGAUGGCUGGAACUGAUGUUGCAGCUGAUGAGAGUGCUAUGACUGGAGAGCCAGAGUAAAUGGAAAAAUCUGCAGUCAGUGAAAACAACGUUGAUCAUAGUCCAAAUCCAUUCCUCCUUGCUAACACAUUAGUAGCUAGUGGGCAAGGUGUUGCUCUUGUCUGUGCUGUUGGAUCACAUACUAGAUCAGGUAUGGCUGAGGAAAAGCUGAAUAUUGAAGAUGAAGAGACCCCACUUCAAGGUAAACUAGAAACCAUUGCUAAUGAAAUCGGUAAAGUUGGUCUCUAUGUCGCCAUAAAUCUAUUGAGCGUUGAUACCUUGAAAAAAGUUAUUGAAUUUGUUAUCAUUGCUAUUACAGUUAUUGUUGUGGCUGUUCCAGAGGGUCUUCCACUUGCCGUUACCAUUUCACUCGCUUUCUCAGUUAUGAAGAUGAAGGAGGAAAAUAAUCUUGUAAGAAAGCUAGAGGCUUCUGAAACAAUGGGAGGUGCAAAUGAAAUCUGUACUGAUAAGACUGGUACUCUUACCAAGAACCAAAUGACUGUCAAAGAAAUUUAUUUCCUUGACACUAUAUACACAGGAGUCCCAGCACACUUCAAUACUCUUCCAAGAAAUGAUCUCCUAGCUGAAGGAGUACUCUUUAACUGCAGCGCUAGAAUUGAAAGAAAUGAGCUAGGUGUACUUGAAACUAAGGGAAACUGCACUGAGCAAGGUUUAAUUUCAUACUUAAUGGAUGCUGGAGUCUAAGCUGAUCAUCUUCUAAGACAAAAGGACGACAAAAUCCUAUAAGUCAUUCCAUUUAACUCAAAGAGAAAGAGAGCAUGCACUGCUAUCAGACAUCCAACUAAAGAAAACCUUGUCAGAGUGUUUGUUAAAGGUGCCCCUGAGAUCGUUUUGGAACUUUGCGAGAGCUAUUUCGAUAAGGAUGGACAAACCCAAACAAUUGGCAAAUCCCAAAGAGAUCGCAUUGUAAAUGAUGUUGUUACCAACUCUUUCGCCAAGAAAGCCUUCAGAACUCUUCUUAUCGCUUAUGCUGAUCUUACUAAUGAAUAAUACGACAAUCUUUGUGAGUAAAACAACAACUUUGCCUCUGAAGUAGACAGAGAAGUCCUUGAAAGUUCAUUGACAGUUAUUGGUAUCUAUGCCCUAUAAGACCCACUUAGAGAUGAAAUCGUACAAUCAGUUAAAGAUUGUCACAAGGCUGGAAUCAAUAUCAGAAUGGUUACUGGUGAUAACCUUGACACUGCCAAGGCUAUUGCACUUGAAGCUGGAAUCAUCAAUGCUGAAGAAGCUGAAACAGAAUUUGUUUGCAUGGAAGGAAAGCAAUUUAGAGAAAUUUGCGGAGGACUUGUCUCAAUUAAGGAUGAAAAUAAUACUGAUGGCAAACUUAGAGAAGAGAUUGGAAACAAGGGUAUGUUCAGAAUUGUUAAAGAUAAACUUAAGGUAUUGGCUAGAUCAACCCCAGAGGAUAAAUACAUGCUCGUAACAGGUCUUAAGGAAUUCCAAUCCGUUGUAGCCGUUACUGGUGAUGGUACUAAUGAUGCCCCAGCCCUUAAGAGAGCUGAUGUCGGCUUCGCUAUGGGAAUUACAGGCACUGAAGUCGCUAAAGAAGCCUCAGAUAUUAUCCUUCUCGAUGAUAACUUCGCUAGCAUCUUAACUGCUGUUAAGUGGGGAAGAAACAUCUACGAGAACGUUAGAAAGUUCCUUUAAUUCCAACUUACUGUCAACGUCGUUGCUAUGUUCAUCGUGUUCCUCGGAGGUGUUGCCAAGGACGAUCCACCCCUUACCUCAGUUCAAAUGCUCUGGGUUAACCUCAUCAUGGAUACAUGCGCUGCUCUUGCUCUCGCUACUGAACCCCCAGGUGAAGAUCUCCUAGACAGAAAACCAUACUCCAGAAACGAUUUGAUUGUUACUCCAGUCAUGUGGAGAAACAUCACAGGCCAGGCAAUCUUCCAAAUCAUAGUGCUUGUGACUCUUCUCUUCGGAGGCAAGAAUAUCUUCAGUCUCACUUACACUGACAGCGAUCCCUUCUAUGUCGCUCAGGUUCCCAACUUCGAUAAAGUGCUCCAUUACACUUUGAUCUUCCAUACCUUCGUGUUCAUGCAAGUGUUCAACGAGAUCAACAGCAGAAAGCUCGGAGAGAGGGAGUACAAUGUCUUCCACGGCUUCUUCAACAACCUACUCUUCCUCCUAAUCAUUGUCUUCACCAUUGCAGUCCAAUGCGUCCUCGUCCAAUAUGGAGGUCAAUCAGUCAGAACCGUUCCACUCACCUGGUAACAACACGUGAUCUGCAUUGGCAUCGGUGCCAGCUCCCUCAUUGUUGGACUCAUCGUCAAAGCUAUUCUCCCAGUUUCCCUAUUCACUAGAAUCCAAAUGAAGGAAGAGCCACUUACUGAGGAAGAGCAAAAGGUUGCCUUCACCAGCACAUUCAGAAAGAGCUUCAGACAAUCAAAGAGAUAAUCAACUCUUAAGACUGAUAUUCAGUGA